CUCUCUAAGCUCUGUUUCUGUGCAGAGACUAAGGCCAUGUUCAGUACCAGCGCUAAGAUAGUGAAGCCGAAUGGCGAGAAGCCCGAUGAGUUUGAGUCUGGAAUCUCCCAGGCUCUGUUGGAGCUGGAGAUGAACUCCGACCUGAAGGCCCAGCUGAGGGAACUGCACAUCACCGCAGCUAAGGAGAUCGAGGUGGGCGGCAGCCGCAAAGCCAUCAUCAUCUUCGUCCCGGUUCCUCAGCUCAAGUCCUUCCAGAAGAUCCAGGUCCGCCUGGUCCGGGAGCUGGAGAAGAAGUUCAGCGGGAAGCACGUCGUCUUCAUUGCACAGGUGAGGGUAGGACCUGAUCCUUCACAAAAAAUAUGACUGAAAAAUAAACUUCCUCCUCGUCCUCCCAGUCGAACUUUGACCUCCGUCCAUGACGCCAUCUUGGAGGACCUGGUGUUCCCCAGUGAGAUCGUCGGGAAGCGGAUCCGGGUCAAGCUGGACAGCAGCCGGCUCAUCAAGGUCCACCUGGACAAGGCCCAGCAGAACAACGUGGAACACAAAGUGGAGACGUUCUCUGGAGUCUACAAGAAGCUGACGGGGAAAGACGUCGUGUUUGAAUUCCCAGAAUUCCAGCUGUAAAGGCGCCGGACUCAAUAAAGUUGUUUUCUGUCA